UUGCAAUCGAAACCAGUCCGCCGACACGGGCGUGUUACCUCCGCGGCGUUUAAAAAAAUUCAAAUCGCGCGCGCAGCCAUGGAAAAAGCCCAGCCGACAGUCUCCUGUCUUCCUCACAACGCGAAAAUGUCGAAGGCGAAGAAAGUCCUGGAGGAAGCGAGAGAGAUCCAGAAUCCCGAGCUGGACCUCUUCGACAAAGGCGUGGCCACGUUCGAGGAAAUGCCCGGAUUACUGAACAUGACCUACGUUACCAGACUGACGUUGAGCCACAACAAAUUGAAAACUGUCCCACCGGGCUUGGCGAAUUUAACAAACUUGGAGAUACUCAAUUUAGCCAAUAAUCAAAUAGAAGAACUACCUCUUUCUUUAUCGUCGAUGCCGAGGUUGAGAAUAUUGAAUUUAUCAAUCAACCGACUGUACAAUCUUCCAAGAGGGUUUGGAGCUUUUCCGGUCCUAGAAAUCCUGGACCUGACCUACAAUAACCUCAAGGAAGACUCUUUACCGGGAAAUUUCUUUAUGAUGGAAACAUUAAGAGCAUUAUAUUUGGGUGAUAAUGAUUUCGAAACGCUGCCGCCGGAAAUAAAAAACCUCAAAAAUUUGGAAAUUUUAGGUUUAAGAGAAAAUGACCUUGUCGAAUUGCCAAGAGAGAUUGGCGAAUUGACCAGACUCAGAGAACUGCAUGUUCAAGGCAACCGUUUGACAAUUUUACCCCCUGAGCUGGGCAACUUGGACAUGUCCUCCAAUAAAGCGGCGUUCAGAUUUGAGGGCAAUGAAUGGGUUCAACCCAUAGCGGACCAGCUACAGCUGGGUAUUAACCAUCUCCAGGACUAUUUAAGAAGCGAAACUUACCGAAUUCUUUAUAACAGAUACUUGACCAACAAACCACCUAUACCACCUCCAUGUGUGGACAAAGCUAAGAAGAUUUCGAGAAUCCGUUAGGGGUAAGAGACAUCCCUAAAAUGCAAAAUGUGCCUUAAAAAUUGGUGCCAUUUAAUAAGAGGUGCAAUCUUUUUUACUUUCUAUUAUUAGUUACUUAUUGUUAACAAUUAACCCUAUUAAAUUUUAAAAAAUAUUUUUAUAUAAUUUUAAAGCUAAAUUCAUAAUUCUUUAAUUAAAAAAAAAAACGUUUAUUAAAGAUGUGCCUACUUACAUUCUGUAAAGACAGUAGUUCAAAUGUUAAAUGUAUUAAGAUGGUGAAGAAGUGUAUGUUAAUUAUAUUAUUUUUUGUAUUGUAAUUUAUUAAAAGCAAA